CAACGUUCUCUUAAUCAGAGAGAGAGAGAGACUAGAUACAGAGAGAAAAAACUGAGAACGGCCAGGGUCAUAUAAAAAUCCGUAAUAGCAAGUACUAUCAUAGCAGAAGACAGAAUCGAUAAAGGAAGUGAAGCCAACAGAUGUAACAAGUCUGAAAAACUCCCUACUCGAUGUUACUAGAAUAUUUGUCGAAACGAGAGGGCGUUUUUAGACAUACGUACACAUGUUUAUACAUACGUUUACAAGCGCGCAACACGUGCUCUUCUCUUGAUCGCGUUACGUGUGAUUGCAGGUGGUAUUUUGCGUAGACACGUGUUUCCGUAGUGUUCGUACACUCGUUGACAAGUUAUUUACGAGAUGAAGGUCCACGACGACGUGGAUUCCAAGUAUAACGUAAUGGGGAAGUCCAAAUUGAACCUAAAGCGGCCUAACACCGUACUGUUCAACAAUCAUUCUAAUAAAAUGCAAAAAAAUGAAAACACUUCGUCCGUAAACGCAAUGAAGAAUGGGGACAAAGCAAGCAGCAAAUUGCAGCAGCAGAGAAAAUCUCUACCUGUCUACAUGCAUCGUAAAAGAUUGCUAAAGGAAAUAUACAAAAAUGGAAAUACUCUGAUUAUAAUAGGCGAAACUGGUAGUGGCAAGUCAACACAAAUUCCACAACUGUUGCACGACCACAAGGUAACUAAUGGCUGCAUCGGCAUCACGCAACCUCGCAGAAUAGCAGCUGUCAGUAUAGCACGUAGAGUCGCACAAGAACGAGGAAUAUGUGUGGGAACAUUGGUUGGAUACUGCGUUCGUUUUGAGGAUUGCACUUCGGCGCAGACAAAAAUUAAAUAUAUGACGGACGGCAUGAUGGUGCGAGAGGCAAUGAAAGACGAGAUCUUAUCAGAUUAUUCGGUGGUGAUACUUGACGAAGCUCACGAGCGGUCCAUACACACUGACAUUCUUUUUGGAGUGGCAAAACGAGCGCAAACUUUGCGUAAGUUGAAAAAUUUGCCGCCUUUAAGACUUCUAAUUAUGUCGGCCACAAUGGAUCCCGUUAAAUUCAAAGAGUAUUUCCAAGCGCCCGCACUAUACUUAGAAGGCCGUCAACAUCCUGUACGAAUUUUUCAUGCAGUUUCUCCGCAACUAGAAUAUGCAUUUAAUGCGCUAGUUACAGCAAUUCAAAUUCAUCGCGACGCACCCGCAAACGAAGACAUUCUGAUUUUCUUAACUGGUCAAGACGAAAUAGAAGCAGCUGUGAUAGCCGCGCGACAAAUGGCUAAAGAUCUAGAUCGAGAUGGAUAUCCACCUUUAAAAGUUUUUUCUCUAUAUGCAGCAUUGCCCACUCAUCAACAAUUAGAAGCCUUCAAACCUUCGGCGCCAGGAAUGCGCAAAUUAGUAAUAUCAACAAAUAUCGCCGAAACGUCCGUCACUAUUGGUGGAAUUCGCUACGUGAUUGAUAGCGGCGUAGUUAAAGUGAGAACUCAUCACCCGACGACGGGAUUAGACAUGUUAAGAGUCGAGAAGGUAUCGAAGGCUCAAGCUUGGCAAAGAACGGGAAGAGCCGGUCGCGAAGCUCCAGGUAAAUGUUACAGAGUUUUCACGUUGCAAGAGUUCGAAAAGAUGAAGGAGAUGCCGGUACCAGAGAUUCAAAGGUGUUCACUGGCGGGAGUCGCUCUCCAACUACUCGCUAUUAGCAUCGACAUUACUAAUUUCGAUUUUAUGGACAAACCUCCCAAAGAAGGCAUUGACGUAGCUCUCAACUGUUUAGAGAAGUUGGGUGCUAUUAGAGGAUCACCACCUCAGCUGACCACACUUGGCCGUACGAUGUCAUUGUUUCCGCUGGAGCCUCGAUUUACUAAAGUGAUCCUCGCGUCGGUAGAGCACAGGUGUCUUGAGGAAGCAUUGACGGUUAUUGCUUUACUGUCAAGCGAAUCGAUUUUCAUGGAUCCGCCGAUGAAAAGGGAAGAAGCUUACAAAACACACUCGCGAUUUUCUUCACCUGAGGGAGAUCACGUAACGUUGUUGAAUGUGUUCCGUGCAUACCAAAACUCCACAUCGAAGAAAGCAUGGUGCCACGAGAACUUCUUGCACCAUCGAAAUCUCGUGUACGCGUCGGAAGUAAGGCAACAGCUCGCGGCGAUAGCGGAACGUGCGAAUUUGGAGAAGGCGAGUUGCGAAACGAAUACAAAGCAACUUAGGAAAGCUUUACUCGAGGGACUCUACGAGAAUCUCGCGGAGCUGCAGAGAGAUAAGACGUACGUCACGGUAUAUUCGAAACAACCAGUAGCCAUACAUCCUUAUUCGAUGUUGCACGAUACGAAACACCCGUUGUUGCUGUUCACGGAGAUCAUAGCCACUGGGAGAUGUUACAUUCGCGGCUUGUCUGUCAUCGAUCCGGCCUGGCUGACGCAAAAGAACACAUGCUCUGGGAAACACGACUGACGCAAUUUUUUAUGUGACGAUAGAAUAUUUAUAGAAAAGAUGUAGAGUUUGUUGACAUUAUAGUGAAGUAAUUGAGAGAGAGAGAGAAAUCGCGCGAUAACUGAGGGAAGCGACACAGUGAUGUGUCCGGAUAGAAUUACGAAGUACGUUGAUAUCAUUGACAAUAUAAGUAGACAUCUACUUAGUGCGUGUUCUCUUUUAUCGAUCAUAUUGAUAAAUGAUUGUGAUCGAGCGCGAGAAAAAAAAAAUUCUUUUUCUACCACUUGUACACACUACACACUUAAAAUGUACAGCGCUACAACUAUGUAAAUUUAUUUAAUAAAGGUUUUAACUAAAAAAUAA